UGGCUCGAAUCAUUCAUGCGAACUAUUCAUAUCUUGUCGCUUGUCGAGAGCCGAAAUGACGUCAAUUGCACUGCUAUGUUGUCGGCGCGCAAUCUAUGGUGCUGAAACAUCAGUGAUGGAUGCGCAUGUAGGCGGAAGGGUUCCUACAAACAGCGCAGAGUGAGUGGUUUGGUAGCGGCUGCAGCAGCAGGAGGAAGGACGGUGGUUCUACCCCUAGUGUCUUUCAGUUUAGCCAGAACAUUAUAUCGGUGUGCCCAUUUUGAUAGUAAUCGGUGAUUUGAGUAUUAGACCAAGGUAUUAUUUGAGAUAUAUUUCGAAUAAUUUCCUUCCGGACAGAGACCGGAACCGCCAUUUUAAUCGAGUAUAACACGUUUUCGGUGACGGCAGCGCUAGCACAAUACAAUGGCUCUUAAAAGAAUUCACAAGGAGUUGAAUGACUUGGCACGGGACCCACCUGCCCAGUGUUCUGCAGGACCAGUAGGAGAUGACAUGUUUCACUGGCAAGCCACAAUAAUGGGACCUAACGACAGUCCUUAUCAGGGUGGGGUAUUCUUCCUGACCAUUCACUUUCCCACAGACUACCCCUUCAAACCGCCAAAGGUUGCGUUUACCACAAGAAUCUACCACCCAAAUAUCAACAGCAACGGCAGCAUCUGUCUCGACAUCCUGCGAUCACAGUGGUCUCCCGCCCUAACCAUCUCCAAAGUUCUCCUGUCAAUCUGCUCUCUGCUGUGCGACCCAAACCCGGACGACCCCUUAGUACCGGAGAUUGCCCGCAUCUACAAGACGGACAGGGAAAAGUACAACAGAAUAGCUCGGGAAUGGACACAGAAGUAUGCAAUGUAGUGUUGGAGUAGAAUCAUGGCGAAACCACCUGUACAACUAAGGUUAGGGGAGCUUUGAAAGUAAAGAGAAGUUCAAACGGAUCUUGUUGGUUUCCAUUGGAGUGCUUUCUUUGAGCCACGCCUCCCCUUAACCAGAGCACCUCCCUCUUUCCUUUCCCCCCUCCCUUUACGACCAAUUCUCCACCCCACUUAACCUGGCAGCCAUGGUGUACAUAUUCUCAAACUGCAAUCAUGCCCCUUGUGCUCCCCUCCUUAUUCCUGGUCAUAUCUCUCAUGCAGGCUGGGUUACUCUCCCCCUGAUGUUUCCUUAGGGCCCUGCCUGCGCCUUCACUCCAAAUGUUCUUGACUCUAAAAGCAUUCCUUAUCAUCUGUAUGACUAGGGGGCUGUUAUGUUUUUUUUGGUGGGGGGGGGGGGUCUAAAAUUGAAGGAUUUUUACACUCUUAUACCUUAUUUUGUCUCCUGAUAUCCCAGCUAUAUAGACAUGAUUUCAGGAAAGCUUUUCACAUGUUUAGUUGAGGGCACUCGUGUAUUUUGUAUAAAAUCUACAAAGGAAUUAUUUAGAAAUCAUAGCAGGCUAUAAAAUGGAAAACUGUAUGGCCUUCUGGUCUUCUCUCAAAUUAUAUGAAAGGACUUUAAUUGAUCCACUGUCCCCCACCAUUGCCAUAAACCAAGAUUGUUUCCGUGCACGCGCCCCCCCCCCCCCCCCCCUUUCGCCACCUUCACCUUCAGACCACCACCUUCAUUACAUUCACAAACUGGAGGUUUUGGACGAGGUAUUUAAAGAAAGUUUUCUUAGUUUAUCCUGUGUUUUAUUAUUUCCCUAUAACUCUUAGGUUGUAUUUUUUCUAUUGUUGAAAUUGGAGGCGAACAACAUCUUCAGGCUGUGGGGCUGGCUUGGGCUCUGGGUGUGAGGACACAAAUGCUCCUCACCCAAACAAACUCUGUAUAUUGAAUUACCUGAGAGGCUCUUUGAGCUUUGUGUGUUGAUUAAACUGUGUAAUAAAAACCACGACUCAAGUGUCCACUUGAGUUUCAAACAUCACUGGCUGGAGAGAUGGAUGGAAGACAACAUGUUGUUCAGCUACUGGUUUUGCCUUGGUUUUCCCCAGGUUAAAAAGGGGGAAAAGCAGAUUUGAAGGCUUCCUCUAAAAUGUAAAUAACAUAAAACCUUGGCUCUGGGAAAUUGCACUUAAAUGCCAUAAUGUUACUUUACCACUGGCCUUACAAAUAUCUGCCUGUCAAUACAUCGAAUCACAUCUUAAAUAAUAGGUUCCACAAUAGUUGAAAUGGUGAUUAAGUUUGAUAAUUUUUAUGAUUACCCAGUUUUUCAGAUCAAAUUCUACUUAUGUAGUAGCUUACUGUUUUUAUCCCAAAACAUCUCAUUUAUGUGUUUGAUUUGACAACCUACAGUUAAUUACUUUGUAGCUAUUUUUGAUGAUUGGAUUGAUUGGUCAUCGCACCAGUGACGUCGCUCAGUCUGGACUGGUCCAGUCUGUCAGAAAAGACUGUUCAGAUGUAUUCUGACUGACCUUGGUGCGCGAGAUCAGAACAUCUCACCGGCCAACGGACAGGAUGCAACCCCCCCAGGUUUACCCUUACCUCAACUUCCAUCAUUGCAAAUGUCAAUCCCAGUAGUAUUUGAAACUCAUCGAUUCCAGAUAUGUAAAGGUAAAGCUAUUUAUUUUAUAAUUCUCCAGGUUAAUGAAUAAGUGAACGUUAGGAAUACCGUUAGGAACGUUAGGAAUACCCAUGUGAACAAUUGAUCAAUUCAAAACACUCGCCACACUUAGCCAUACCUUCACACUGUAAGCACAACUGAAGUUAUGUAGCCUAGAUAUAGGGACAUUGUAAUUGUUUACUACAUUCACUAGCCCACUGCACCCAAUUACACCUGAAAGCAACCUGUUGAGAGGAGCCAUAAAUCAAUUCGCCAGGACAGUGGACACUUACCAAUCAUUUUAACCAGGUUGUAGCCUCAAGUAGGGCAACCUUGCCACCAGUGCUCAGGCUUGUGUGGCCAUUGUGUUCCACAGUAUUUGUUCUGCAAAUCCUUGACAAUCCGCGAUUGUUUUCAUAUCCUUAAGAGCGCGCCAUGUGAUUGCGCUUGGCACGGCAGUGGGCGCGCUAAACCCCCUGGCCUUUAAUCCCGCGACAGAUAGUCGCUGAUUCAUAUAGUCCAAGGUGUGGCCGGCUUUUAUUUAGCUACUUAUCGUUGCCCUGAUCUCAGAGCGGUGCUCAGAUUUCAUAGAGCAGGUUAUGUGGGGCCACGGUCCAGGCAGUGGAGAGGGGCUGUUGUGGCAAGGCUUUAUAUUCCAUUCGCCAUGGUUAUGUACCAUAGGCAGGUCUAUAGUAGCCUAUUAUCUUUACACAUCUUAAAAUAAAAGGCGUUUAGUCUAGACACAUUUCUUGUGUUGUAAUACACAAUAGCCUUCGUACGCACAUCUUCGUGGAUUAAAAACAUCACAGAGAAUAGGACUUUUAGACAGGACCUGUCCUAUAGGUCUAGAAGGGUUCCAUAAUAGUAUUUCAGAAAGCGGAGCUUGACUAAUUAGUGUUGUUUAUAGACCUUUAUUGUAAGGUUACAGAUGAAGGCCUGGUCUUAUGUCAAGUCUGACUUGUCUAUUCCACUGUUCAAAGUAAAGCCUAUAGGAAUAUAUAUUUUUUUAUGUCCAACAGAUACAUUUUCUACUGAUGACUGACUUGACGGUGAUGUAUUUUGUCCUGUAUAUUGUGAAUAAAAGUUGUCAAAGUGGUCA